AUGGCAAUCACCACAAGCACCAACAAGGCCUUGCUGGAUGCUCAGGUCGAGCUCUGGCACACCACCUUCGCUUACAUCAAGUCCAUGGCGCUCAAGUCCGCGCUGGACCUUGGCAUCGCCGACGCCAUCCACGGGAACGACGGCACCGCCACCUUGCCCCAGAUAGUUUCCAGGGUCACGCUCCACUCGUCCAAGAUCCCCUGCCCUGCGCCGCCUCAUGCGGGUACUCACAGCCACCGGCAUCUUCUUCAGCGUCCAACACCCGGACGCCAAUGGCAGCAGCGAGCUCAUGUGCUCACACCGGCAUCUCAACUGCUGGUUGGCACCCCGAGCCUGACUCCAUUUAUGGCACUGGUGCUCGAUGGGAUUUAUGUGUCCCCUUUCCUUGGCCUCGGCACAUGGUGA